AGCAACCAAAUCCUGACCCCUGCAAACCUGUAAAGAGGAAACUUGUGGGCCAGCCACCUAGUUCUGCCUGUGUUAUAAGUAAGGAGGAACUGCUUAUGAGAAGAUGAAGCCCCUGUCCCUGUUAAUAGAGAUAUUGAUCAUUCUUGGGGUCAUGAUUAGAAAUAUCGAAGCAGAAAAGCAUAAUAAAAAGCAAAAGGAAAGAAAUGUCACCACACAGGUAUCAGUUAACGAAGUCAAGCGAUUUUUAUCACAUAUAUUGGAACGAAGAAAAUUGAUUAAAGUAAUCUAUCAAAGAGAAAAUGCCUUAGGAAAAAAGAAGAUUCAACGUAAAUUAAGAAUAAGAGGAAUUCAAAAUAAAGAUCUCUCAAAAAGAAAUAAAAAUUGUAAGUAGAAUUCUUUCUAACAUAAAUUUAAAAUUACUUGAUGUAAUCUAAAAUAAAAUUUUAAAUCUACUUUCUGAAAACUCUUAGAAUAUAGUCAUAAAUAUUUAUAUACACAAAAGCUUUAAAUUUUGUGAGCUUCUUUUAGAUUCAGAAUUUGUUCUGAUGAUAAUAAGCAAGGUUGAUAAUUAGGACUCAUGGAUUAAAAAAAAAAUCUCCAGGGGUGCCUGGGUAGCUCAGUUGGUUUAGCAUCUGACUCUUGAUUUCAGCUCAGGUCAUGAUCUCACAGUUUGAGUUCGAGCCCCACAUCCAGCUCCUCACCGAGAGUGUGGAGCCUGCUUGGGAUUCUCUGUCUCCCUCUCUCUCUGCCCUUCCCACUAACUUUCUCUCACUUUCUCACAAAAGUAAAUAAACAUUUUUUUUAAUCUCCAAAAUUAUGUGGAG